UGGGUGUGUGUGGGGGUGGAAGCAGCUCCACCUUAGCGGAAGAAGCCCAGCCCCUCACGGCAGCCUCCUCCCUCUGGCUGACCUCCCUCGCUCGCUGUGCCGUGCCGACCCGCCCCCGCGUAACCGAAACAAGCUCUAAGCAGACCGCAGCAGAAACGGGCAGGAGCCGCUCCAAACACAGCCGUACACUUAACAGCAGGGAAACGCUGCUUCAUCUGAACCAUCACCCGUAACGCUGACACUCUUUAAGAAUGGCGAUGGAGCUGUAUGACUCUCAGUACCUGCUGAUCCUGGCUCCCUCCCUGCUCAUCGCCCUCAUGUUCCUCUUCUUCUGGCUCUUCAUGAAGGAGACAUCCUAUGACGAGGUGCUGGCCAGGCAGAAGCGUGACCUCAAGCUGCCUCCUGGCCGGCCCGAUGCCCGCAAGAAGAACGACAAGAAGAAGAGCAAGAAGAAGGAGGGCGGCGGAGCUGGGGGCGGAGGCGGGGGUGGAGGAGGGGGUGGCGGUGGUGAGUCUGAGGAGGAUUUGCGGGAGUUCGACCUAACUGACGCAGCAGCUGUCCCCGCCCUCGACGAGGAGGAGCCGGCCCCCGAGCCCCCGGCGCCUGCCCCCGCCGAGCCCCCUGCCGGCCUGAGGGAGAGGAAGAAGAAGGAGAAGAAGCACCAGGCAGCUGCGGCCCGUGCCACAGCCGCCAGCCCCCCUGAUGACCCUGCUGGUGCUGCCCGGGAGGUCAACGGCUCCAAGCCCACUGCCCGCAAGGGCGAGCCUCCCCUCCCUGUCACCAAGCAGCCCAGCCCGCCCCCCACGGAGCCUGUGGGGAAAAAGAAGGGGUCCCAGAAGAAGCAAAAGAGCGAGGCGGAUGAACCCCAACCAGAGACCAAAGUGGACCAGACUCCAGCACCAGUCAAAAAGGAGACAGCACCGACCGUGGAUGCCAAAGUCCAGGAUGGCACCACCGGUACCACCACAACCACCACCACGAGCAGCAGCGGCAAGAAGAAGAACUCUGCCAAGAAGCAGAAGACUGAGCCAGUCCCACUGGAGGAGCCACCCAUCCAGCCCUCUGUCUCUGUCCCAGUGUUGGACAGCGACCCGCAGAAGAUCCAAAGCGAGGAUGCCCCUGCCAAGAUCAGUGGCAAGAAGCUGAAGAACGAGACAGACAAAGAGAACUCGGAGGUUAAGCUGAAGGAAUUCCUGGCAGGCCUGCGCAGCCUGGCUCUGUCAGAGGAGGAGGCGGCCAGCGUGGCGGCCGUUCUGAGGGAGAAGAACCCCUCCGCCCUGGACGCCUGGCACAGGUCCGCGAAGGCCGAGCCGUCCGCCCAGAAGCUCCAGGAGAGGGAGAGGCUCCUCACCACCCUGCAGGAGGAGGCGUCCAUCGCCAAGGAGAAAGUCAAGCAGCUCAGCCAGGAGCUGCAGGUGGAGAAGCAGAAGACGGGGCGCGCAGAGGCCAUGCUGCGCGAACAGAGGGGGGCCAUGGAGAAGGAGCUGAGCGUCAUGCAGGCCAAGGCCCAGAGCAGCUACCAGGAGGCGCAGGGCAUGCAGAUCAAGUUCCAGCAGUUGCGGGAGCAGCUGGAGGGGCAGAUCGCCCGCCUGCAGCAGGAGAACGGCAUCCUGAGGGACGCCGUCAGCACCGCCUCCAACCAGAUGGAGAGCAAGCAGUCGGCGGAGCUGAACAAGCUGCGCUCGGAGUACGCGGGGCUGAUGAAGGAGCUGGCGGAGAACAACAGCAAGCUGCAGCAGGAGGAGCUGCAGAGGAAGACGCUGGAGGUCAACUACAAGCAGAACGUCUCUCAGUUGGAGGCACAACUGCAGGACGCUAAGCGGCGAUGGGAGGAGCUCCAGAGCUACCUGCAUAGCGUCAACACUGAGAGGGAGAAACUGCAGGCAGCCAAGCAAGAGCUGCAGAGUCAGCUGCUGGCGGUGGAGUCGGAGAUGAGCAGCAAGAACAAGGAGAUCCAGACGCUCCACAGCAGCCUGACUGACACCAUCGUGUCGAAGGAGCAGGUGGAGCAGAAGGUGAUGCAGCUGCUGGAGGUGUCCCAGCACAGCCGGCCCGACGACUCUCAGCAGCUGCAGGACCUUCUGACAGAGAACAAAGCUCUGCAAGUGCAGAUUGAGAACCUGCAGGCCCAGCUUGCCACUCAGACCACCACUGCAUCCCACUUUGAGGAACUGCAGAAGCUACUGGCUGAGAAGGAACUCCAGCGGAAGAGCCUGGAGGACUCCCUGAAUGCCGAGAGGAGCAGCGGUGCCAGCAGGGAGACUGACAUGCAGGCCAUGCGCUCAGAAAACUUGGCACUACAGGCCGAAAUCCAGAAACUGCAGGCCCAGAUUUCUGUACAGGCUGAAUUGUCCCAGGGCUCGCAGCAGGUCCUGGAUGAGUACCAGAAGAGUGCGCAAGAGAAAGACGAGAAGAUUAAAAUGGUUGAGACGUUGCUGGAGACGGGGCUUAUUGAAAUGGCCAAUAAGGAGGAGGAGUUGAAGACUCUGAGACAAGAGAACGACUCUUUGAAACUAGAGGUGGAGGCUCUGCAGCAGCAGGCAACACAACAGACAUCAUCCGAUUUGAUCCUGGAAGAGUUGCAGAGAACGGUCCAAGAUAAAGAUGAGAGGAUAAAGUCAGUGGAGGAGAACCUGCAGGCACAGCAGGAGAAUGUGUCCAGCAAGGAGAAAGCCAUCGAGGUCCUGGAGCAGCAGCUGGAGACCAUGAAGAUGGAGAUGGAGCAGACGAGGGACCGGGAAGCAGAAGAGACCAACUCCUCUGGGGCACAGCUCCAGGAGCUCCAGACACUGCUGGCGGCGAGGGAGGAGGCUGUGCAGAGGCUCCAGAGGGCCCUGGAGGAGAGGGCUGAGGAGGCGGCCCAAAUGGAACAGCAGCUGAAGGCCCUCCAAGAGGAAGGCACUCAGCUCAGGGACCAACUGCAGCAACAGGGGGAGCAACCAGUGGAACCACAGGUGGAGGAACAGGGGGAACAGCAGGUGGAGCUGCAGACGGUCCAAUCAGAAGCACCCAGCCAGGAGCUGCUGACAGCGCUGGCUGAGAAGGACAGGCAGGUGGCGGAGCUCCAAGACGAGCUGACAGAGCUGCGGGGGGUCCUGGAGCUGCACAGGAAGAAGAAUAACGAGCUUCGGGAGAAAAACUGGAGCGCAAUGGAGGCUCUUGCAGCUACCGAAUCCAUGUUUCAAGGGAAGCUCAACAGGACCGCCAAGGAGACUCAGGAGGCUGUGGGGUCUGUGGAGGCAGAUUGUCGAGAGGUGCUCCACAGGCUUCUUCCCGAUGUCCCCCUCCCUGACAGCCAGAACCACCAGGAGUGGCUGCGGGUGUUUGAGAGUGCCGCAAAGGAAGCUGCUGCAGCAGAUCCUGUCCCCGCUCCGGCCCCCGACUCAGAGGACACUAAUGUGACUGUGCUGGAAGACAAGCUGAAGGAGUCAGAGGAGGCCCAAAAGGUUCUACAGAAGGACUGCGAGACCUACAAGAAAGUCCUGGCCGAAACGGAGGGCAUACUGCAGCGGCUCCAGAGCAGUGUGGAGCAGGAGGAGUCUCGCUGGAGGGUCAAGCUGGAGCUAGCGCAGGGUGAGCUUGGAGAGAUGAGCCUGAAGGUGGCAGCGCUGGAAAGCGAGGUGGAAAGACUGAGCUCGGACAGUGGGGAGCUCGAAAAUCUGAGACGGGACAAGCAGCACUUGGAGGCUGAACUGGAGAGGGCUGAGCGUGAGAGCGCCACCUAUGUGAUGGAGGUCAGAGAGCUCAAAGAUCUGUUGACUGAAUUGCAGAGCAAACUUGAUGGCUCAUAUACUGAAGCAGUCAGACAGAAUGAGGAGCUGAAUUUGCUGAAGACCCAGCUGACCGAGACGCUGUCCAAGCUGGAGGCGGAGGAGAGCGAGAGGCAGAAGGUGGCUGGAGACCUCUACAAGGCACAGCAGUCCCUGGAGCUGAUUCAGGCAGAGAUCCUGAAGGAGGCGGGGCAGGUGGACCUGAUAGAGAACAGCACCAUCGCCACGCAGAGGGAGGAAAUGGACAGGAAGGAGAAGAUGACAGCGGGGUUGAACCAGACCGUGAGGGAACUCCAGCAGCUGCUUCAGGCUGUCAACCGGCAGCUCACCAAGGGACAUGAGGGGGACGUGGAGAAGGGAACGCCGGAGGUAUAGAGCGCAGAGGACCCACUCGCCUCUCCCCCGCCUCCAGCCUUACUACAGAAGCCCCUCCCCCCAUCCUCCACAACCACACCCUGUCCAGACCUAGUCAGAAACACUGAACCAACCGGCUAGCUCCUGUCCGCUUGUCCAGGUCUGCCCACGCCCCUCUCAGCCGUAGACAACGGCUGACGCCCAACGCCCUCUCCUCGAACACAGGCCUCCCGCUCAGGAAGGGCUUGUGGGGCCAGCGAAACCGCCAAACGACACACUUCUGAAAAUGAAAUAACAACCCUACCACAUAACACAACCACAUUCCUGACGUGACAUACCGAGAAUCAGAGCAACCCCCCCCCCCCAAGACUUCAGGCUGUCUGACCUCCCAAUGCCUCAACACUGUUCCAGACCUAACCUUUGAAUACAAUGCAUUUCUUUGUUAGUUUUGAGAGGGAGGUAGAUGAGGCGGCUCCUUUCUUUAAAAAAAAAAAAAAAAAAA